CGCUGCCAGGCCGGCCCGCCAUGGGGGAGCUGCGCGAGGUGGAGGGCAGCGCGCUGCGGCGGCUCCUGCGCCGCGAGCCGGGCGGGCCGGGCCCCGGGCGCUGCCUGCUGCUGGACUGCCGGCCCUUCCUGGCCCACAGCGCCGGCUACAUCCGCGGCGCGCUCAACGUGCGCUGCAACAGCAUCGUGCGGCGCCGCGCCAAGGGCGCCGUCAGCCUGGAGCAGAUCCUGCCGGCCGAGGCCGAGGUGCGCACCCGCCUGCGCUCCGGCCUCUACUCCGCCGUGGUGGUGUACGACGAGCGCAGCGCCCGCGCCGAGAGCCUGCGGGAGGACAGCACUGUCUGGCUGGUGGUGCGGGCGCUGCGCCGCGACACGGCGCGCACCGACAUCCGCCUGCUCAAAGGAGGUUACGAGAGGUUUUAUUCGGAGUACCCAGAAUUCUGUGCAAAAACAAAAUCCCUGAGCAGCAUUUCUCCACCAACCAGCAUGGAGCCAAUCGGACUAGGGUGCAGCUCCUGUGGGACCCCCCUGCAUGAUCAGGGAGGCCCAGUCGAAAUCCUUCCCUUCCUCUACCUUGGCAGUGCGUAUCACGCAGCCCGGAGGGACAUGCUGGACACACUGGGGAUCACAGCCCUCUUGAACGUCUCGUCGGACUGCCCCAAUCACUUCGAAGGACACUAUCAGUACAAGUGCAUCCCAGUGGAGGAUAACCACAAGGCCGACAUCAGCUCCUGGUUCAUGGAAGCAAUAGAGUAUAUAGACUUGGUGAAGGACUGCCAUGGCCGGGUACUGGUGCACUGCCAGGCUGGCAUCUCCCGCUCUGCCACCAUCUGCUUGGCCUACCUGAUGAUGAAGAAGCGUGUGAAACUAGAGGAGGCCUUUGAGUUUGUCAAACAGCGCAGGAGCAUCAUCUCCCCCAACUUCAGUUUCAUGGGUCAGCUGCUGCAGUUUGAGUCCCAAGUACUGGCGACCUCCUGUGCUGCCGAGGCUGCCAGCCCCUCGGGGACACUGAGAGAACGGGGCAAGGCCUCCUCCACGCCAACCUCCCAGUUUGUGUUCAGCUUCCCGGUCUCUGUGGGCAUGCACACGACCCCCAGCAGCAUCCCCUACCUGCACAGCCCCAUCACCACCUCACCCAGCUGUUAGUGCCUGGCACUAAUUAAGGCACUGGGGCAGUGCCUCCAGCACAAGGGAUGCUGACCUCACAGCUGCUGCCAGCCAUGAGACUGCAAUAACUGACUGGCAUCGCUAGCCAGCCCUGCCACUCUCACCUUGACACCAAGCAAUAACGGUUGGUCUGCUGCUGGCUUCAAGCUGCCUGUAGGGGUCCUUGUUUUCAUAGAGAAACUUCUUACCUCAUUUUUUUAUUUAUUUAUUUUUUUUCUUUUAAAGCAGUAAGGCUUGAAGUUGUGAAUUCCACAAAUCCUGACAAUGUGUCUGACCAGUUUCGUUUUGGGGGAGAAAAUUACAAUUUCCCAAAGUGCCUGGUUUUGAUUUUUUUCAUUAAUAUUUCUUUAAUAAAAUCCCCCAAAACAAACACCCAGCAGAAAUAUUUUUAACCUGGGCAGGAGACUUCUGGUUUUAAAACAUGGACUUGCUAAAAACAAAGUUUGAGACUGAGAUUUAUUGCAGUGCUUUCCUCUGAGUAUUGAAAUGCAACAUUUGUGCUGUCAGUGAUUCUAUAACCUAUUUAUGUUUUAACUAUGAGCACAACAGCAUGCAGGUCUCAAAGCAGCUAGAGAACAAAUCAUCUUAUCACACACCUGCAAGGACAAGCGUGGGGAUACUGUACCAUUCUCCUGUGUCGGGGGGGACAGGGAUUAACAUGUGCAUUUCCAGGCUGGACACAAGUGAGUUCAAAUCACUCAGUCACUGCACCAUGGACUCUUCCAUCCAAGGAACAAUCUCUGUGCAUAGUGGGUAGUUCAUAUGGGUAGUAUCCUGUCUCCUUCCUAGCCCUGCUUGUAUCUUGCAUCAGAAAAGGGGUGGUUUCUUUACUUGGGCAUGGCCAAUGCUUGUACACAUGCUUUGCACUCUUCACACUCCUCCUGGAACAUUGUGUUCAUCUUGGCAUGAGCUGAUGGGGACUCUGUGCUGAGGCUCCUGGAUGCUUUCUUGGGAUCCAGCCUCUGAAGAUAUAAGGUAACAGUGCCAUGCUGGGAGUUUGGGACCAUGGCAUGCUAUGGUGAUCAGUAAUUCAUAAGCAUCAGUGACAGUAGGGUGCUGCUCUGGUUGCCUCAACAAUGUUAUUUCCCCAAAUCAGAAUAGCCUUUUUCUCCACUAGAGCAGUGUUCUUUCUCCAUUAGGGAAGAAUCUUGGCACCUCUGACAGGGCACGGUCACUGUCCUGUCUGUGGAUGCAGGAGGCCUUUCCCACUCUGAAUGUACAGUGCAGUUGGGUGUGGAUGGUGUCAGUCAGUGGGCACCCAUCAUUUAAAGCCAUGAGUCUGCAAUGCCCUGCUCUAAACCUGGACUCAUGGGCAGGAAUGAAUCCAGCUAUACUAAGACUCUAUCCUGCCUGAGACUGCAUUUGCUGGUAAAGUGGUUACUAGCUUUUUGUCCCCUUGUCAAUGUCCCUAGUGUCACUCUAGCUGCAUGCAGAUCCUGGUCCCCUUGGCACAACUCCCAUUUAUUUUACUGAGAUCUGGGGCUAACAAGGUAUGUCUACACUGCCCAAAUAAACCCCAGGAACCCUGCAGCAGCAAAUCUCAGAGCUUGGGUCAGCUGAAUUGGGCUUGGUCUGGGAGGUAUGAACAACUGUGUAGAUAUUCUAGCUUGGGCUGGAGCCUGGGCUCUGAAACCUGGGAGCUCUGAGCCACAAGUCUGGGUUUUAUUUCUGUUGGGUGGCGUAGAGACAACCAUGGGGUCCAUGGCAGCAAGCCCAAUUUUCCAGCGCAGCAGAUUGAAAUAAAAAACAAAGCAGCAGCUAAUGGAGCGAUUUCCUCUGCUAUGUCUGGGCUGUUGGACCAUUCUGGCCACUUGGGGACAGACACUUUUCACUGCUGACAGAUCUUCCCUUGCCUUUCUAGCAGUGUUGAUUUCUCCAUGGGAUUUGUCCCUUUUAGUUCUGUUUGAAACUCUCCCCAGAGCAGUUGCACAGCUGAGAACCAUCAGUUCCCCAGACCUAAAUACUGCUGGACAAGCUGACUGUUCUGCCCUGUGGUGGGCUGCUUAUGGCAGAAGGAAGCAAUGCCAAAAUGGUAUCUCAAUAAUGCCCCCACCAACCCUUUCUGAGCAGAGGUUUCUCUUCUCUUUCAGCCCCCUUAAAUACCAGCUUGGCCCCUGACUCAGCCUGGGUUGGAAUGUGCUAAAAUUACCCAUUAAAGGAAUAAACUCUCAGUGCCCAACCAGGGGAAGUAGAACAUUCAUCCUUGCAUUAAAAACCAGUCUGUUAAAUGAAGAUAGUUCGGCUCAAAUGUUCAACAUAGGCAGCUAAGCUGCACCUCUGAGCUCCAGUCAACAUUGGGUACUUGCACAUUCCAGCUGCUUUGACUUUUGCAUGUGCCAAUGUCUUGCAGUCAUAGUUUUGGGUUUUGGAAAAUGUGUCCCUUUGUAUGUUCCACACCAAAACGGUAACUCCUCCCCAAGCCAAGGCCUCCGUGAUCUGAUCAAUUAAAAGACCAAGCACUCUCACUAGCCUGCAGUUAGCAUUGAGCAAAAUUGCAUUUCUCAUAAUUCUGCUGUUAAUGCAAAUGCACCAUGUAGUCUGUAACCUCUUCCCUGGGAGCAGGGUUCAAAACUGCCAUCACCUUCCCUUUUUUUUUUUUUUUAACUACUGUAUUUAGUGUUUGUAGGGAGGGAAUCUAUACCCAUAUCUGUUUGUUUACCAAGAGCAAGAAACCAUUAAACCCUAGCUGGGCCUGUUGUCACUGGGUCUCUGUCAUCUUUGCAGUUUCUUCCAGUUGGAGUGUGGUAGAGGUGAGCACCUUGCCCUCAGCACCUGUGGGGCAGCCAGCUAACGCUGGAGCUCAGGGGUGAGUGGCUGACAGUCCUGUGUGCAGUGAGCACUUAAUGCUGAUUCCCUAGUCCAGGCCACUGUAGCAGGGCAGAGAGAGAAGUGGAGCUUGGUGCCGGUGCCAGUGCCAUCGGGGGGGGAGAGACAGGUGUUAACCCCUUGGCAUCACAGCAGGUAUUGACUUUCAGGGACAGCUCUACCUGGCAGGGGAGGCUUCCCGUCACCAGGCCUUUCCUGCUCCCGGGAGGUCUUCACUGAGCAUGGGCCCAAAACUAGCAGGACCUCAGGUUAACACUUUAUCCACAAGAUGGCAGCUCCAGCUGGUGGUGCCCUAUCCUCAGCCCAUUUGGGUAAGGGUGGCCUGGCCUCAGUGCUCCCCUGGUCCCACAGUCUCACUGCUCUCUGGGCACACACACAUGAGGGUGCAUUAUUUGCUUUAGCACCGGCUCCUCAAAUGGCCGCUGAUCUUAUGUCCUGCACUUUAAGUAACAAAAUACCAUGGCCCACCAUAGGAGAGCAUCCUUGCUUUUGAUGUUUGCCCAGUAUCUGUCCAGCUGGCUGCCCUCUCUGACCAAGGUGGCCACAGAUGCUUCUCCAAGGGUACAGCAAGGAGGCAGCUUUGGAUAAAAUCCAGAGAGCAAUGCAAUAAUUUCUGGGCCCAGCCCCCUCACUCACAGUGGUCCUCUUGCUACAGAUGUCUGUAGGUGUGUCAGAUGUACAUAUGUAUGUUUUUUUUAGAAAGUUGACAUGUUUGUUUUUAUUUAUUGCCUGAGAGAUCAUUUGGAGAAAAAUAAAUAUGUUUUCAACAGCA